AUGUCAGAAUCUACACCAGAAGUCAAUACUAUAAAUGGCAAUGGCCAAGAUCAAGAUAUAAACAUCACUACAGGUACAAACAUAAAAGAAUCAAAAACAAAACCUUCGAAGGAUUCAGAAAAUAAGUUAUUAAACGAAAGGAUGACUAAAUUGAAGGACCUUAUGGUUCAAAGUUAUAAAAUCCUGGAUAUUCCUAUUAAUACUGGCGAUGUUUCCACUAUAUUGGAGCUUCCAGAUUACAUUAAGGAAAACAAAGAAAAUGCUAAAUUACUGGCCAUGAAAGCCAGUUGUGAUCCAAAUUUUCGAUUUCCAGUCUCUGAUAAAUUUGAUCCCAUUAUCAAAUCGUUUUUGCAAUCAAGUGAAAUUACACUGGUACUUCAAGAUGCACAUCAUAGUUUUAUUUUAUUAUUGCUUUAUCCUGAAAUAGAUGAUUUAUUUUGCAAAAAAGUAUUCAGCCAAAAGUACUUGGACACUAAUUUCAACUUCGAAGAAUUCUUAAAACUUUUCGGUAGUACCAAUACAACUGGGGAAUCAUCCAAUAAUGCCGAAAAUACCCAAAACUUGGGCGUGGAAGAUUACACUGAACUGUCGAGUUCUAAUGCAACUAAUGACUCAUUGUGUGUUUCUGAACAAAUUCCUCCAUUAUCAGUGCAGUUACAUGAUUCAAAUAUUCCAGCACAUGUCCGGUUAAUGAAGUUCAUUUUCAGCGAUUCACUUCCUGAUGAUUUGAGAGCAGGAAAAGUCACAAAAGAAUUAACAUAUGAAGAGUUUGCUCAAUUCAUCAAAACUACUGAAAAGUAUUACAAUUGGAUGACACCAGUUAAGCAGUAUCAUAAAUUCCUCUUCAAGUGUGAUAGAUCUGGAACAAAUGGCUCUUGUACUGAAACAAAGAAAAUUGGAUGUGAAGCUAAUAUCAAGAUUAAAUUUAUUGAUGAGAAAUAUUUAGAAAUGGAAUGGUCUCCUCGUCACAACCAUUCCUUUUUUGAUAAAAAGUCAACGGUUUCAGAUAGCAUACGAAAGGCUGCAAGAAAUUGGUUAGAUUUUCAGAUUAUUAUUAAGAAAGAGUGGUCACAAGUCCAAAACCUUUUGCCUAGAUUGCGGUUCUACACAAAUAUAAAAGUGUUAGACCAAAAUCUAAAGAUGGAUUACUCUUUCUUUAUUAAUAGAAAACGAGCCAUUGAAAAACAAAAAUAUCAAUUAUCUAGCAGCCUACAUCCGCUGCUACAACAGUGGGAAACAAAUUUGUGCCAAAAAGGAUUUGCAAACUACACCACCCGUGAUGGGUGGUGGAGUUUUGCAUUCCUGUUGGAGGACCAACUAAAAAAAUUACUUGACUUCGGUCAAGUGAUUUUUUUGGAUAGCACCCACAAGGUUGCUAAAGGUUUUAAAAUGAAUAAUAAGCAAGAAAAUGUGUUCUUGUACACAAUUAUAGUAUUACAUCAAGAUACAAAACAGGGGACUCCAGUGGCUUUUCUUUUGACAAAUUCGGAAAGAGCAGAUCCAUUAGAAACUUUCUUGAGAGACUUACGUGGAACUGGAAAAUUUAAUCCACAAAUCUGUUGUAUUGACUGUUCUGCAACUGAAACACUGGUGAUAAAAAAGGUUUUUGCUGAUAAAAAGGAUUUAAAAAUUCAAUAUUGUUUUUUUCAUUUAAACAGAGCUAUACAGAAAAGAGUCGAGAGUCAUAUAACCAUAGAUAAAUAUGUCUCAAACAAUGAGUUAUUAGUAAAAAAGGGAUUAUUAAGUACUGAAUCUAGAGAUAAUAUUAACUGUCAAGUUACAGAAGAAUGUGAAGCAACUGAUACUUUGUUAGAACAAGAAAUUUCCAAACUUAUUGAAGAACUCCAAAAUAAUGGAGAGUUUGCAGAAGAUGAAAAUGAUUUGGAUCUCCCCUUAGAGUCAUUUAUAAGGGAUAGCCAGUUUAUCAAUUUGGUAGAGAAUCAAGAAACUACACAUGCAAUAAAUCCAGAUUUGCAAAAUUUUUCCUUCUUGGACUCCACUACUGUAGAGUAUUUGAAUAAUCCUCCAAAGGAUCAUUCGGAUAUUCUAAAAAUCCGAAGAUUAGCUAUAGAAAAAUUUCAUGAAAUAAUGAAUUCAAGUACAAAAACAGAUUCUUUAAAUAAAAUUGAAAUCUACAAAAAAGCUUUCAAUAAGUAUCCAUAUUGGAUAGCCUAUUUUAAUUAUUGGCUUUCUAGGAAGGAUUGUUGGCUUAGAUCCUAUUCUUCUUAUCAUGACAGCACUCAUUUAACCAACAAUUACAUAGAAAGUUAUCAUAGAGUUUUCAAGGAAAAAUUUUUAAAGGGAUCUUCUAAGUUGAGAGUUGAUACUGUGAUAGGCAUUCUAAGUGAAGCUGUUGUCAGUUAUUAUGUCCACAAAGAAGCUACUGCAUUUGCUGAUUUUACAAAUGGUAAGGAGAAUUCAGCCAGAACAAAGCAUAAAGAAAAGGUGGAUAAAAUCAGUGAACAAACAAUUGUUGAUAUGGUAUCUGUUAUAAAUGAUAGUUCUUACAAAGUAAUCGACAAUGAUAAAGAAUUUAAUGUUACAUUAAAAAGGCAGUGCUAUCAUUGUGACUGUGAUUCAUACGGCCCGAUCAAUUACUGCGAACAUAUUUAUAUAGUAAGACGGUUUGAAUCAUUUAAUGCUGACAGAAGGAUCAAGAAAAGAAGAUUCCAAGAAGUUAGCAAAGCCCCAACUGAAGCAAAUACCUAUAUUCGCUAUUUGUUACAAAAUUCAAAUAGUGAAAACAUUCUUGAAACUACAACGGAUGUAGGGCCUGUAUUGAUAGGGCCAUUAUCAGGAGAAUGCAGGUAUAUUGAGGCACAGUCACAUUUAGAUGACAGAAAUUGGAGUUUACCAAUGGGAAAAGUUUCACCCAACCUAUCUGUCAAUGAAGAAGCCGAUGGAAAUAUAAAUGAUGAUUAUGGUGAUGAAGAUGAUGGCUCGUUUGAUUUUUUUAGUGAAGAAAAUAAUGCAGACAUGCAAACUGCGUGGAAUACUUUUUUGAAAGCUUACAAUAACAAUAAGUCCAAGUUGAAUAAUGAUGAAAAACUAGAAGUGACUAAAAAAGUUUGUAAUGCUUUAUAUGAUGAGGCAAAUAGAUUGAAUGGAAACUCAUCUAAUAAGCAAGUUAGGCAUAGAUAUGCUGCUAAAGGAAAGAAAAAACGGAAAACAUCAAAAUGA